CUAACCGUAACCGCCGCGUGCGCAACAACAACGAUCUGGUGUAGCAAAGUUCCCCAGGACUUUUCUACCCCGGGACACGCCAACGGAAGGAUACCGGUCGGUUUCCCCCCGACACACUUUUUGCACACCGCGAAGGAAGCCCAAAGGGCCUACAGCCUCACCACGGAUCCGUAUCCGGCAGCACUGCACAAAAUGUCCAUCCCGAAUCCGGCUGGACAGCUUGACGGGGCCCUGGCGGCGGCGGCCCCCAAGUACGGGACGCUGAUACCGAACCGCGUCUUCGUCGGUGGCAUCAGCGGUGACACAACGGAAGCGGAACUGUGCCGCCUCUUUUCGUCGUACGGCAACGUGAAAUCGACGAAGAUCAUCGUCGACCGGGCGGGCGUCAGCAAAGGCUACGGGUUCGUGACGUUCGAGACGGAGCACGAGGCACAGAAGCUACAGAAUGACUGCGAUUGCAUCGUGCUGCGGGAUCGUAAGCUCAACAUAGCGCCGGCCAUCAAGAAGCAGACGAUCUGCGCCACGAACGGGGCCGUCUACUACGCGGCGACACCGCCCACUCCCGCGAUCAACAACAUCCCGAUCGAGCAGUUCGCGGCCGUCUACCCGCCCGGUGUGCCAACCAUGUACCCGCCAACGUUGCCGUACCAACCGUUCUACCAGUACUACAGUGUGCCAAUGGUUCCGAAUGCUUUCCCGCCACAGAACGUGCCCACCAUCUGGCCUCAAAACUAUCAAGGAAUCUACCCGUGCUAAGCCAGCGGAGAGACCGGAGAGAGAUGGUGCUGCAGCAUACAGAGCGACGUGUUCCAAUCAUAAUAGAUGAAGAGAAAGAGAGAAGAAAAACAGUUCGAACGAGGGAUGGAGUGAACAUGUAAGAACAGAGUAGGUGAUGCAGCAGAGUAGAUGCUUCUGGCGCCACAUCGCGCGAUAUGAACCAGUUCCGGGACAGACGGAACUCAAAAAAAAAAAAAAAAACUUAUUUAUUAUCAUGAGUAAUAUUUAUACAAACCGGAUGUAUAGUAGAGAGAAAACGUAAAGGAAAAACGAGAUAACAAUCUGUGUACAAGAUUACGAAAGCGGCGUGUGUGGAAAAGAAAAAAAAGUCGAAACGACACAGCAGCGCGAGCGUUCGGCGCGAUUCAAAAGCACACAUAAAUGGCAAGUCUAUUUUCAGUUCUUGCCCAGCGGCGUCUUGUUUUGGAAGCAACAAACUUCGGCCUCAUCCAAUGGCCACUACCAACGGAACGAAACGAAAAGUGAGUUGCAUGCCCCAGCGUACUAGUCGGCAGGAAGCAGGACUAGCCCACGCGCUUUCGACGAUCUCCGGGGCACGUUAAUGCUAAUGGCCGACAAUGGCUGAGCCAGCGUCUUCUAACGCGAGACGGGACGUCGGUGCGGUGCUGCGCUCCACGCAAAAACAUAAAAACCGACGAUGAUGUGAAGAAAAAUGUCUUUCGUUCUUUCACCUAAUCAUUUUUUUUAGCCUUGGCCAACGAAAGGGAAGCGAAUCCUUUCGCUGCUACGAUCGGAGGCAAAUGAACUGCAUUGGUUUGUGACGUUAUAAUCACGCGCCGACCAACCGUGAGUAAGCGCAAAUACAGACACCAUCGGGGGGGACACAGCGGGAUGCUGGAAAUCUCGCCCCUUGGACGAG